AUGUCGUCCUUGUACACCAGGAGUAAGGAAUACACCCGCAGCAGGAAGGCUCAGUCAGACUCUCCCCCAUCCUCUCCUUCCCCCAUCGCAAAGACGCUCAGACAUGAAAGACUUUCCAGGUUGGAAGCAGCUACAGCCCCGAGCACCAGUGACUCCUACAGCGACCGCCGCUCCAGCGCCUACAGCCGCAGGGAGAACCGCUUGGCCGCCCUCAGCAGCAGAGCAGAAGAGGAGAGUAACAGGGACUACAAAAGGCUGUAUGAAAGUGCCCUGUCUGAAAAUCAAAAGCUGAAGUCCAAACUGCAAGAAGCCCAGCUGGAGUUGGCCGACAUCAAAUCCAAGUUGGAAAAAGCAACCCAGCAGAAACAGGAGAAGACUUCUGACCGGUCCAGCAUGCUGGAGAUGGAGAAAAGGGAGAAGCGAGCGCUGGAGCGGAAACUCUCUGAAAUGGAAGAGGAGAUGAAGAUUUUGACGGAGCUGAAGUCAGACAACCAAAGGCUGAAGGACGAGAACGGAGCCCUGAUUCGUGUCAUCAGCAAGCUCUCCAAAUAG